AUGGAGCAGGUGGAGCAGACGGAGCAGACGGAGCAGACGGAGCAGACGAAGCAGAUGGAGCAGACGGAGCAGAGCAGGUGGAGCAGGUGGAGCAGGUGGAGCAGACACAGCGCCCUCUCUCUUCACAGGAUCAAGAAAGUAUCUACCAACCUACCAACCUACCAACCUACCAACCAACCUACCAACCUAUCUACCAACCAACCAACCUAUCUACCAACCUACCUACCUACCUACCAACCAACCUAUCUACCAACCAACCAACCUAUCUACCAACCUGCCUAUCUACCAACCUACCUACCUACCUACCAACCAACCUAUCUACCAACCUACCUACCUACCUACCAACCAACCUAUCUACCAACCUACCUAUCUACCAACCAACCUACCUACCUACUAGGAUCAAGAAAGUAUCUACCAACCUACCAACCUACCAACCUACCAACCAACCUACCAACCUAUCUACCAACCAACCAACCUAUCUACCAACCUACCUACCUACCUACCAACCAACCUAUCUACCAACCAACCAACCUAUCUACCAACCUGCCUAUCUACCAACCUACCUACCUACCUACCAACCAACCUAUCUACCAACCUACCUACCUACCUACCAACCAACCUAUCUACCAACCUACCUAUCUACCAACCAACCUACCUACCUACUAG